GAGGUUCGAUUCCCUGAACUAUGUCUGAACAUUAUUCACGUAACAUUGUUUGCCUUGUUGGCCGUUGUGUUCGCAGCCCCAUCUCCGAAACCGGACCCCAUCAGCCUGUACGCGUCUGGGAUUCCGCUGGCAUACAGCGCAGGACUCAGCUACCCCACAAUUCCAGCUGCUUCCAGCUAUGGAUACUUGCCGUACGCGUACAACUACAACAAUUACUACGCGCCAGCUGGCUUGAGCUACAGAUCCGGACUCUACUACUACUAACGGCUCCGUACGCGAUCUUCAAAAUUCCGGACUCGACUGAUAGGUUUAAGCAAACUCUAUAUUUGGUAUGAUCGUACGUCAAAAAUUGUGUUCGGUAUUUUUAAUAAACAUAGUCAUAGGUAUG